UCGUUGGCAGUAAGGACAAUCGGCCAAGUGAUUGGUUACAAGCUUAAAUCCUAUGUACUCUCCUGGGGAGCUAGUGGUGCAACAGUGAGGUUGAACCUGCAGUCAGCUGGAGGAGGAGGUGGUGUAGUGUAGCAUCUCCGUUAUAACAGUAAUUGGAGCAUCAGCUUGGUCCUUAAGGAUACACUCUACAAUGCAUCCCCUUGGCCUGAUUUCUUUACUGAUGCUACAUGCGUUAGUUCUCAGUGCAAGUAUCCAUGAUGAGACCAUAACUGAGCUCUCUGUUAAGGUCUACCAUGAACUAAGAGCCAUAAAGGAAGAUGAAAAUAUCUUCUUCUCACCCUUAAGCAUCGCUAUUGCAGUGGGAAUGAUUGAGUUGGGGGCACGUGGUUCCAGCCUGAAAGAAAUCCGUCAUGCACUGGGAUAUGACAAACUGAAAAAUGGUGAAGAAUUCUCCCUGUUAAAGGAUCUUUCCAACAUGAUGACAGCACAAGAAAGGCAUUAUGUUCUGAGCACCGCUAACUCCCUCUAUUUACAAAAUGGAUUUCAUAUCAGUGACAAGUUCAUCCAGUUAAUGAAAAAAUACUUCAAGGCAGAGGUAGAAAAUGUAGACUUCAGCCAAGGUUCAUCAGUAGCAAAUCACAUCAAUACGUGGGUGGAAAAUCACACUAAUAGCCGCAUUCAUGAUCUUUUUUCUGCCGAAGAUUUCACAAAGUUAACCAAAUUAGUUCUGGUCAACGCCAUAUAUUUUAAAGGCAACUGGAAGUCACAGUUCAGACCUGAAAAUACCAGGACCUUUUCCUUUACAAAAGACGACGAGAGCGAAGUACAAGUUCCAAUGAUGUAUCAAAAGGGCGAGUUUUACUACGGGGAGUUCACUGAUGGCUCUAAUGAAGCAGGAGGAGUGUAUCAAGUCUUGGAGAUGCCAUAUGAGGGAGAUGAAGUCAGCUUGAUGAUUAUCCUCUCCAGGCAGGAAGUUCCUCUUGCUACACUUGAACCCUUGGUCAAACCCACUCUUAUUGAAGAAUGGGCUAACGCUGUAAAGAAACAGAAAGUAGAAGUUUAUCUGCCAAGGUUUAAAGUUGAAGAAGCAGUAAAUCUGAAGGAUGUUUUAAAACGACUAGGUAUCACUGAAAUCUUCAGUGGACAAGCUGACCUCUCUGCAAUUUCUGAAAACAAGGAUCUAUUCGUUGACAAAAUGGUCCACAAAUCUUUUCUAGAGAUUAAUGAAGAUGGGUCUGAAGCUGCUGCAGCCUCUGGAAUGAUUGCCAAUAGUAGAAUGGCAGUGCUGUAUCCCCAGGUCAUUAUUGAUCAUCCAUUCUUCUUCUUGAUCAGAAACCGGAAAAAUGGCUCUGUGCUGUUUAUGGGAAGAGUUAUGCACCCAGAAGCACUGAGUUCUACUGUCCAUGACUUUGAGGAGCUCUAAAAUUUCAUGUACACACGGGUGAAAUAAUACAAGCACAUCGUUUGCUAUUAAUACCCCUAAUAUCUGUUGUAAAAAUGUUGGUUUUUUCCAAUGACUGUUUUAAAUUCUUCCAGGUUUAUGUGUUUAAACGGUAAGUUCAUUUUUGUGAUACAGAAUACAGUAUUGCAGUUUCUCUUGGUGUGUUUGUGCUUUUUGUGAAUAUUUGCAAAAUAAAUUUGUGCAUGUGAGAUUUAUUGUAUUGUCCCUCAAAUGUCCUGUAAACAUUCAAGUCAAUAAUCAACUGAGUUUUCAGAUGUUACUUUAUAUUGCACUAUAAAGUUGGUGUUUGACAGUGA